CACGAGUUGAGACGAAGAGUCAAUGGCAGUGCCUUGAACCCCGCCGGCGUAGCAUUCAGCCGAGCCGCCGGAAGAUUGACCUCACCUUGCAGCUUCCCUCCACACACUCAAACUUUCCACUCACGUGGCCAUUCCCUCCACACUUAAUACCACCACCACCACUACCACCACCACCCCCUUCUUGCCGCUGUCGCCGUCGCCAUCACUGUCGCACACCAUGGCCGACUUCCUCCAGCGCUUCCUCGGCGGCGCCAAGUCCUCCGCCUCCUCCAUCUCCUCCGACUUUGACACCGACUUCGCCGACUUCGCGACCGCCGCCUCCCCCCUCGCCCCCGCCCACGCCGCCACCCCCAACGCCUCCCCCACCGCCGCCCCCCUCUUCAACCCCCUCUCCUCCUCCGCCGCGGACCGCCCCUACACAGCCUGGUACCGCAUCUGGGAACGCGUCACCCUCGCCGACUUCUACCAAGAGCUCUUCCUCCUCCCCAUCCUGCUCGCCUUCAUCGUCGCGCACCUCUGGGGCUCGCGCGCAAACCGGCAUCGCGCCAAACAAUGGUGCGCCGUGCACCUCCCGCUGCUGGAGUCCGAGUACGCGCAGAUUGGGUUUGUGAAGGGGAAGAGGAGUCCCAAGUUGGCGGAGGGCGAGGGGAAGGAGGGGAGUGUGGAGAAGAAGGUGAUGGGGAGUACGGAUGUGCCGGACGACAUGCUGAAGGAGGCGAAUAAGGGGGUAUACACCACGUACGCGACCGGGAGGCAGAAUGUGGCGUUUUUGGAUGUCAAGCUCACGCUUUACCCGCGGUAUAACCCCGGGAAAUGGCUGGCGGAGGCUGUGCUGUCGUUCUUCUUCGACAGCGUGCCCGCUCCGGUGGAGAGGUUGGAGGCGACGGCGUACUGUUUCGAUGGGAAGGAGAAACUGCUCGUCCCGUCCGCAACUCCGGGAGGAGGCAGCAAGGAUAGUUCGUACGACGGCUUCGUCUUUGCGAUCGUGCAUAAGGAUAAGAUGAAGCAGUUGCGCGACGAUCGGUACGAUCUCAGUCUGACGGCGACGAAAGAUCAUCCGAAGUUGCCGGCGUGGUGCACGGUGAUGAGCGAGAGCGCGGAGGUGACGGAAGCGCUGGUCACGCCGGAGUUGGUGAAAGCCAUCACGGACGCCGGGGAGGAUUUGGAGGCGUUGAUCAUUACUGACCAACCCACUGACGCGCCGAAGAAACUCAACGACACCCUCCCCAAAAAGCGGAUCACCCUCUCCACCCGCCUCCGCACCCAACCCGACAGCACCUCCCUCUUCGCCCUCUUCCUGCGCCUCCCCGACUUCCUCGUCAGCACCGCCCACUUCCGGCCCGAAGCACUCCGCAAAAUCAAAGCCACGCGUGAAGAAGAGCAACGCAAGAUCCGCAAGGUGGACGAGGAUGAGAAGGCGGAGGCGAAGCGGGUGGCGGGGGAUAAGCUGAAGAAGGAGGAGCGGGAGCGGAAGUUGGGGAAGCUGAGUGCGGAGGAGCAGCGCAAGUUUUUGGAGAAGGAGAGGGAGAGGGAGGGGAAGAAGGGGAUGAAGCGGAAGAGUAUGAAGGGGUAG